AUGUGGGACCAACCACACAAGAGCAGCCGAAGCCGUCAGAAGCAGAGCAGCUCCUACCGCGCAGCACCGAAAUAUAGUAGCCAAGUCCCGCGUAGUUACCGGGAUACCCAGCAUCCAGAAAACUACGUCUCGUCGCCCGCCGAUUCGAGCUCGGACUACGACACCCCACGACGUGGAUACUACGAAGAUUUACCCCCCAAUCAUAGGCGAUAUGUGAAUCGGGCUAUGGCAUCCGAAUACGCUACGCAGACAAGAGAACCAAGGGACGUGUACGGUUUCUCACAGCCUCGCCCAAGGCAUCAACCGCGGUCAUCUGCGCGGCCACAGUAUCGGGCUCAGUCUUCAGAUCCAGACUGCAUCGCACAAGAUUCUCAGUCUGACGAAGAUUACAUAGCCACGCCUGAAGUAAAGAAAGAUGCUUGGAAAAAUCGUGGGUCUCGCUACGAUGACCGUUCCACGGACGAUUCCCUGGGUAAUGGCUCACCGAUCCGCCACCCUCCUCGAGAGAACUACAGUGAUAGUCCCCCCUCAGACUACGCUCCUCGUCCCAAAGCCAAGUCCGAAGAUCGGAGGGUGAAAUCAGGCUGGGGCAAUAGUGAUUCCUUCAGCCAACCGCCCCGCCUUAACCCUAGGGAACACGAGAACUACCGCGAAGCAAAGCAAUUUCUCGACCGCUUCCAACAGCUCCACACUCAUACAACGGAUCGGUCCGACACCGAAUCCUACAGCGAUGAUUCUCCGGGCGACACCCAGACCCUGAGCAAGAUGAUGAAGAUGACUACGUGCCAAGUCCACACAAUUACCGAGAAAGACACCAUAGUGAACGCACUCGUUGGAGGAAUGGAAAAGAGUCUUACCACCGAUUCGAAGAGGAUAGCCGCCGCAACCAUCGUGAGCCUCGUACAAGGAAUCCAGAUCCCCGAUCUGUCCGGCCCAGUCUACACCGCCCGGGCAGCUCCUUCCAUCAGGCCAGCAGCUUCUCAGCUCCUCCUCCUCCUCCAAGACAUGUAG